AUUCUUUAAGCGAAUUUUAAGUCUUCUUCUUUUGGUUUACUUCAACAUUUCAUUUUCCAAUUAGUUAGUUAAGUAUAUUAUUUAUCGAUUUUUAUUGUUUAUGCACGGUAUUUAUAUACUUGUCAAAUUUUGAUUGUUAUUUGAAAUUGUUUUUUUGAAGUUGUUUGAAACAAGAGUUUUCAAGUUGAUUAAUAUAUCGAUAAUCGAAAUAGAACUUUUUAUACAAUGGCACUAAAAUAUAUACGAGAAGAGGCGCAUUACUAUGUGAAAAAAGUCAUGAGUUUGUCGUUCAAUUGUUUAUCAUCCGACGAAUUUAUGGAGAUUUUAAAAGAUUUGAAUGAUUCUUCGAUUCGACGAAAUAAGGAAGUAUUUUCAUGCAUAAUAUCUAAAUUACUCGACGAACGGACACAUUUUCCCGGGUAUUCGUAUGAUAUCUUUAUGAAGUUAGCCAAUGUUUACGGCGGUCUCAUUGAAUAUAACCUUAUUUCCGAUCCUGAAACUUUGAAAAAUACUUUACAAUUGGUCAUGGACGCGCUGAAAAGUAGACCCAACUCAAGAAUGUUCGAUUUCGGUGUAGCGGCGUUAAACCGAUUCUACGAACACUUGUGGGAGGAUUGCGAAGAGUAUUUCCGAAGCGUAGCCGCCAUAUCACACUUUAAAAGCUUUCUCCGACAUUUAAUCGAGUGGAUUGAGGACCACGGGAAGCACACACCGGAACGCGCAUAUGAUAGACCUGCAAGUGCCCAACAGUCAUCUGUCGUGUUGUGCUCGCCCACAGGAUCACCGGCCGUAAAGACGCGGUCGAUCAACCUAGAAGAAUUCGACUUCGAAAAGAUUGGGGAGAGCCUGACCGACAAAGAUAAAAUAGUGUUCAUCGUAAACAAUCUGAGCGCGAAAAAUCUACGCGAAAAGUGCGACGAAAUCAAGAACAUUUUAAAGGACGAAUACAUUCCGUGGUUCUCCGAGUACUUGAUCGAGCAACGUGUUUGAUCUGAAUUCAAUUUACACGAUUUGUAUUCAGACUUUUUAGAUAGAAUUAACAACGAGAAGCUAAACGCUCUUGUCAUGUCCAGAACCAUGGACAAUAUUCAAAUACUGUUGGACAGCAACACGACGAACAGCAGGGCUCUAUUGAAGAAUUUCGGUCAUUGGUUGGGCAUUAUUACGUUGGCGAGAAUAUACCCUUACCGUUAUACGAUGGCUAUCUAAACUCAUUGUUAAUGAAAGCAGCCUGUAAAGGAAUCGAAAGACUUACGUGUAUUGUUCCAUUCAUCGCCAGGAUACUUAUGGCUUGUGCCAAAAGCGAAGUGUUUAGACCGAAAAGCUUAUGGACAUUAAGCAUAUUAAGAAGCCUUGCGGAACUUCACAAACAACCUGGUUUAAAGUUAAACAUACAGUUUGAAAUUGAAAUACUCUGCAAAUCUUUAAACAUCGAAUUAGGGGAUUUGAAAUACGGACAAAUUUAACACGAAGAUAAAACAGCAGUUCAAUAUGAUAUAUUAUCGCAAUAUUAUUUGAACAUUUCUUUUUUAUUUGUUCAAACAUAUAUAAUAAAAUAAUAUAUAAUGUACAGGAUGUUUCUGAAAUGAUUGAGGAAACUAGUAUACGCGUACUCUCUGAAAUGGUCAAAUGAAGAAUCUUUUGAAAUUUUUUUCUAUCUUCAAAACCUGGGUUUUAUCUUAUUAUCUUUAGAAUGUUAUUUUAAAUCUACAAAUUAAUACUCAUAAAAGAUUUCUUGCAAAUUUUUCAUGUCAAUCGAUAUGUGACAUCAAUAUUAGGCUUGUGACACGUUUUUCACGCCCGAGUCGCCAGGAUCAGAAAAUGUGGUGUGAUAAAUCGAUUUGUUUGAAAACUCUGUAAGAUAAACGAAGGUGAAAUUGAUUUGUUGUUAUUUCACAUAUAUG